AUGGGACCCAAGCGCCUUGCCACUAUAGAUCCGCCUUCUCUGCCGCCGGCAAAACAGCCGCACCAGGAGACAACCACGCCGGGAAGCACGCCUGAAGCCACCGGGAGUUCGGCAUCAACCGCAACUCCGACUAGCCCUGCUUCGUGCAGUGCCCCCGCUUCGAGUAUCUCGGUAAGCUUCCAGCUUACCUUUACGGCCGGGCCCGUGCAAGUCGGCGUCGGCCGCCUGUGGAGCGGGCUGAGGUGCAACACUGCGACGAUCGUGGGUGGCCCGGCAGCAAACGGUAUUGUCCUCGUUCAGACUGACGGUGCUAUCCUAGCUAGUCUCCAGGCAAAUAAGUGCUAUGGAUCCGUAGUAGACCUUACGCACGUUCAGUCGGCAAUUUUGCCGCCUCACGUCGUCAGUCGCUUCGCUGGCGUUUUGGUAACCACUUUUAAGACCACCAGCAUGAGCGAACUGAAAUAUACUCAAGCUAGGCGCAUGUGGAGUACCCUUACGGCCCGCCUGCGGUUCCCUGCUUUGAACCCGUAUGUGAAACCGCCGUUAAAUGAGGCCAACUAUCCAAACGACGGCAGCGCGCUGCUUGUUUUGCCGUUUGGGGAACCCUUCGUCAGCGGGCCGUUCCAAAAGAUCAGCGCAUACGUAGCUUGUACUGAUGUAAACGACGUCCGAGUUGGGGAGGUUCACCUUGCGUACGAUCCGGAAACCCCGCCGGUUUAUUGCCAUCUUGUCAGCGAUGCCGGCAGCAGCAGCAUUCCGCUCUACCUUUUUGGUGCCAAAAUAAGUGGCGCUAAUUCGCAGUAUAAGCCAACCGUGUGGAUAAACGGCACGCUCACUGCUGCGGCAGUCCGACCCGGUCAGGACAUACGCAGUUUCCCUGCUCAUGUGCGCGCGUUCAUCAGCGCUACGCAGCAGCAUGCGCAGCAGUCGGCAGUCUCGGAGACUAGCAGCAUGUUGUUGGCAUGGGAGCAGCGUGAGUGGCCUGGGAGUAUCACGACCCUGCCGCAGGACGGCGCGCAUGCUCGCGCUAGCCUGUCUCCCAACCCUAGCGUUAGCUGCGUCGUCAACGACCAUAAAGUUCUGCCGCUUGUAUUGACGGUAAAUCAGCGGCAGUACCCGGUAUGCAGCGACAGCCCGGAUGUGUUGCGCCAGCUCCCUGGAUUCGACGCUUUCUUUACGGACCUGCCGUAUGAUGACGUCGAACUCCGGUCCGCGUUUUGUGCGUCACGGUCAUUCAGCAUCGUCGGCACAGCAACUACUCAUACCAUCGGGCGCACCACUUUUGUCGUCGCCUUCCAACAAUAG